AUGGCGACACAAAGUUUUGACUCUACUCUGGGCGCCGCCUUCGUUGGUUUCGCCGUUGCAGCUGUUCUUUAUGGUGUACUAUUAGCUCAAUUAUACACAUACUUCCAACGCUAUACGCAGGAUCGGUUAUUCUACAAGUGUCUUGUUGUAUUCGUGUGCAUCUUAGAGACCAUACAUUCUGCUCUUUCAGGGCAUGUUGUCUAUCAUUAUGCGAUCAGCUCGUUCAGCGAUCCGCUCGCACUACUUGUGCCAACAUGGACUCUAAUUGCACAAGUCCUAGUAGGAGGGUUUGCUCCAAAACAGGCGUAUAUCUCGGUGCUAGUAAAAUCUGCCUUCGCUAUGCGAGUGUGGAGAUUCAGUCACAAGAAUGUCGUCCUUACGGGCAGUAUUCUGGCUCUGAAUGCUGCAAUACUCGUGCUCGCUGUAAUAUUCACCGUAAAAGCAAUUAGUCUCCCGACAUUUGCAGACCAACCUAAGCUAAAAGGCAUAACAACGGCUAUUCUGACGACGAGCGUGUUCACGGAUAUCCUCAUAGCCGCCUCGCUCACGUAUUACUUGCACCACCUGCGGAAUGCGUUCUCGGCCACCACCCUCAUCAACGGAUUGAUCGCAUACUCAAUUGAGACGGGGGCAAUCACAAGCAUUUGCGGGAUUGCCACUUUAGUCUCCUUCGACACCCUGCCUCUGACGUUUGUGUAUAUUGGCUUCUUCUUUGUCCUGUCGAAGCUUUACAGCAACUCACUCCUUGCAACGCUCAACACGCGGCGCGUAGUGCGUGGUCGCGGAACAGACCGUUCACCAGGCACAAAUGGCGAAUUCACCAUUAUUCAGUCGUCUGGGCAGGUCCAGACGACGCAUAGCAUUUUUGGACAAAUCGACUGGUCGAAACAACCUUCUGAUAUUGAAGUGAACGUGUUACGAGAAGUAGUUACAACGCCAUCCGGUUCAGAGUUCUCGGCCAAGCAUAGUCGUGGAAAGGGCAGCGUGGACAGUUACGAUAUGCCCUACGUGCCCAACCAGCUGGUCUCACAGCGAGUUGCCUAUUCACGGCCGCCUCCGGAAUACGUAACCACGAUGGGUCGCUCUGGCUUGCGAGCUCCUGAACGAGUAGCGCGGUUCUAG